GCCAUUUUGACGUACUCGCGCGCCCCGCACGUUACUUCUGGGCUGAGUUGACUCUUCCCCACCAGCAGCUUCCAUUCUUCACCUUCUCCUUCUCCACGGCGAACUCGCUUGCUCGUUCGCUCGCUCCACUCACUCACCUGACUCGCUCUCUCAGCUCAGUCUCAGGGGAAACCCCAAAAUCCUCCAUACCCGGACCUUCUGCAAGAAAAGGGGGGGAUUUUUUCGUUCUUAUCGGCGGCCAUGGGGGUCGAUUACUACAACGUGCUGAAGGUGGGGCGAGACGCCGGGGAGGAUGACCUGAGGAAGGCCUACAAGCGGCUGGCCAUGAAGUGGCACCCCGACAAGAACCCGGUCAACCACGAGGAAGCCGAGGCCAAGUUCAAGCUCGUCAGCGAGGCCUACGACGUCCUCAUCGACCCCCGCCGCCGCCAGAUCUACGACCUCCACGGCGAGGAGGCCCUCAAGGGCGCCCCCGACUUCCCCCCGCCCCCCGCCCGCUCCCCCUCCUCCGCCGGAUCCCGCUCCGACUCGUCCUCGUUCCGGUUCGACCGCCGCAACGCCGACGAGGUUUUCGCGGACUUCUUCAGCGAUCACCUCAGCCGGUCCCGUGUGUUCGGGGAGAAAGGGCACAGGGCCGGCAGCGGCAAGGAGGGGAGGAGCAGGGAGAACGGGGGCGGAAAGAAGCCGCCGCCGGUGGAGAGCAAGCUGCCGUGCAGCUUGGAGGAGCUGUACAAGGGCGCGAGGAAGAAGAUGAGGAUCUCACGGGUUGUUCCUGAUGAAUUCGGUAAGCCCAAGACGGUUGAGGAAACCCUCAAGAUAGAUAUCUUACCUGGGUGGAAGAAGGGCACGAAGAUAACUUUUCCCGAGAAGGGCAACCACGAGCCAGGAGCCACGCCGCCUGACCUCAUCUUCGUUGUGGACGAGAAGCCACACCCUGUUUUCAAGAGGGAAGGGAACGACCUUGUGGUUGUUCAGACAGUGACACUGUUGGAAGCUCUCACUGGGAAGACCCAUAACCUCACAACCUUAGACGGGAGGAAUCUUGACAUCCAAGGGAUAGACAUCAUAAGACCGGGCCACGAGGUUGUGAUCCCGAACGAAGGGAUGCCCCACUCAAAGGACCCGAGCAAGAAAGGAAACCUUAAAGUCAGGUUCGACAUCAAGUUUCCGCUCCAACUCACCGGGGACCAGAAGUCCGACUUGACGAGGGUGCUAGGAGGAGUCGAGAGCUAGUCUAAUAUCUAUAUUCUUAUGGGAUUUUACGAUAAUUAUAGUUUUUCAUGCUGAUAUUGACACGGUUAUAUUGACUCGACUGUACAUACUAUCGUGAGUACAUUAGAAGAGAGCGAAAGAUGCUGUGCAUAUAGUAGGGUCUUUGAGGUUGCAAGAGUUUGGUGUUAACGUAAUUGUGAAAUUGUAAAAGAUUGUGUUUCUGCGUUCUUUGCUUUGCAUCUGCUAAUAAUACAAAUAUUAUUACAGGCUUCUUA